AUGGAGACCCUCCCAACCGCCGCCCAUAAAGACGGCGCAAUCGCAUACAAGGAAAUCUCGAAACGGGGCCAUCCCAUCAACCUCAAAGUCGGCCAGAAGGAUCGCUUCCUCUCCAAGCGCACCGGCGAAACUUUCUCGAGCUAUCUUGAGCAGCUCUUGACCUUUCUCUUCAACCUCCAGUCACACCACCGCGGGUAUCGUUUUACCAAGAAUGCCCUGCUCACCGUGCGCUCACGCUUCACCCAAGAGUCUCUCGAGCGCAAAAAGAUCUGGCGGCUAUGGCUCAAGCCUGCUGCCCUCGCCAAGCUCAUCAUUCUCAUCAACAUCUGCUCGCCCAACCUGAGCAUCGGCGGUCCCCUCCGCCCCACCUACAACGAGUUUGUCGAGAUGCUCCUCGAUCUCGACGAGAUGGGCCUCGAGGCCGCCGAGCGCACCAGCUUUAUCGAACAGGGCGACCUGGCCAACGACUCGCAUUUCAUGCAGGACGCCCACAGGAUCGAGUCGCCCGAAGCCGAAGACUCGAGCUCGGCCGACGAAUCCAGCAGCAGCAGCAAGCAGCCCUGCUACCGCCGCAUCUCGGUGCACUCGCUCCUCAUCGACUCGACCGAGACCAGCCCGGCAACAUCCCCAAAGGCUUCGAGCGUCUUUCUGCACGACAACACCCUCUCCGAGGAGGCCGCGUCCUCGGCCAUCCGGCUGUUUUUCGAGGUGCGUGUACAGAUCCGCCUCAUUGAGCGCCUGGGUCAGGGUGGCGAAUCACGAGGGAGGGACGGACGGAGGCGGGAUUCAGCCACCGCUGGACACACUCUGGACAGCACUCUGGACAGCCGGGAUGCCACACCUGCCUGUGGCCCCCAUAUGACCGUCGCGUGCAGGUCGCCUAUAAGACCGAUCCGGCUGUCGGCUGUCCCCAGGCGGCACGGCGGUCCGGGCUCCCCGCCUGCCACGGCAUCAGCGACACAUGGCUCCCGGCGACCCGCAUGGACAGGCGUCCUCGUGGGUGGCUCCUCCCAGAGCUUUGAUCUCUGGGCCAUGGGCUUCUGUGGCUUGUUGCGCUUGUGCCCGAACCUGUUUGUCCUGACAAACGCUCUUCUCGCUAUCGUCCUUGCGCACGUCCCCCAUGCCGUCUUCCAGAAGUACUCCGAAACCAACCUGCCAUGCGGUCUGGUGAACCGCAGCACGGUGACCCGCCACUGGCGACAAACGCCGCUGCAUCUGCGGUGCAUCAUCCUUGCCCUCGGACUGGCCGAGUUUGUCGAUCGAAGCGAGCACCACAACGUCAUUCAGUAUUACAUCCGGGCUCGCGAGCUGGUCCUCGAGACCUUUGACCAACCCACCAUCGAGACCGUCCAGACCCUGGUCCUGCUCGGAUGCUUUUCGAAUCACAUGGGUCAUGUCAGCGUUGCCAGCCGGUUCUUCUUGACAUGCCUCCGUGUUGCCGAGCUGCUGGGCCUCGACCAGCUCGCAGAGUGUGUCGUGCCCUAUGACCACCCUCACUGGAUCGCCGAAGAAACCAAGCGGAGGGCGUGGUUCAACUGCGUGUACUUUGCGCUGUCCAAUGGCAUCCCCAUCACCCUUGGCGACCACAUUACCCUGGAUCUUAUUCCUCCCAGACUGUUCCCCUGCGCCGAGUAUCUGUGGCAAGGCAGCCGGCACGGCAGCCACGGCCCUUCGUCUGAGAAAAGCCCCAUCUCGCCGACUGAGCUCCUGCAGGACGCCCUCUUCUUCAUCAAGAUCGGCCAGGAAAGUGGCCCAUACGGCUGCCUUUAUCAGUCGGGUCUGCACCCCGAUACCGAGUCGGUGUCGUCCAACUCAUCGCCGGCCUCUUCGCCAACGGCCUGCUCCCUGCGCUUCCAUCCCGCCAGCAGCCACCACCAGGCUGUCCUUGAUCAAUACAAGCGGUGGAAGGCCGAGAAGAUCGUCGCCCUGCGACGGUGGUGGGAUGCCUGUCCCGACUGGAAGAAGCACAAUGCGCCUGCGUCCAUCCGCCCGAUGCUCUCGCCAAAGGCCGAGAUUGACAUCUUGACGGUGAACAUCAUGCUCGAGUCGACCAUGUCGGCUAUCCACUUUACCGACAUGAUGGAAGAAAUCUGGCGAGACGCCCCCGGCGAAUCGAUGCAGGUCUGCUGGAAGUCGAUCCAGACGGUCUACCACCUAAUGAUGCGCAUCAAGGAAAUCGACCCGAGCUUCUCGAGCUGGAACAAGGCGCUGCUGAACCCGUUCCUGUUCGGAUCCUUCUUCACCAUGCUCGCCGUCCUGCGGGCCAACCCGAGCCUGAUCACGGCCGAAGUCCUGUACCUCUAUGACGUCUUGCCCAAGAGCUCGCCCAUUUGGGGAGACCACCCCGAUCUACCUGCUGCCGCCACCACCGACUUGGUGUCGAGCCUCCACACCCAGUUUAGCGAUAUCAUCUACAACCGGCUGACUCGACUCACACCCGACAUGGACCCAGACCUCGUCAACGAACUGACGCAUCGGUACCGAUCGCAGAUGGGGGCCCUUGCUAGCCUGGCCCUUGGUCCUUGGGUUCCGCGAGAGUGGCUAUGA